CCCUUCGUGGAGUAAAAGCCCGGGCACUUUCAAAGUGCCCUUCCUACCCAGAUCCGGGAGAAGUCCGGGCACGAAGGCGGGGCCAUUAGGCUGGCUAGCGACACCCUCCUGAAAGUCCAGCCCCGCCUUCCCACCACCUUAGGGAUUUGGUACAUGAAGCAAGAUCGCCCUCUCAGUGAAAGGCAGAUGUCCCUUUAAGGUUUGCUUUGCCGUUGCCCGUGUGGACUUUAGCCUAAACACGGUCCCGCGAAGUUGGCUUUAUUUGUCCAUGUCUCGGAUCGAGCCUGGGACGCUGCCAGGGAGAUUUCAGAGACCCAGCGCUCGAAGGGGCGGGAGAUGUGGCAAUCGGUCUGGGAUGUGAAAAGCGUGGAGCGAGCUUAGAGGCAAAACACAGGAAAUCACUCCUCCGCGGCUCUUGGGCGCUGCAGCCGCUGGGGCCACUGCUGGACACCCGCGGAGACCGCCCGAGUGACCCAGAGCGCAAGGCACCGGCGCCCAGCUCCUGCCAGCUCCUGCCAGCUCCUGCCCAGGAACCCGCACGUCAAGGGAGCUUGCAGCCACUCCAGCCAUGGUCCCCAGGCGCCCUGCCAGCCUAGAGGUCACUGUAGCCUGCUGCUGGCUCCUCACUGUUAUUCUAGGCUUCUGCAUAUCCUUCAACGUUGAUGUGAAAAAUUCAAUGAGUUUCAGUGGCCCAGUGGAGGACAUGUUUGGAUACACUGUUCAACAAUACGAAAAUGAAGAAGGAAAAUGGGUUCUUAUUGGUUCUCCUUUAGUUGGUCAACCCAAAGCAAGAACCGGAGAUGUCUAUAAGUGCCCAGUUGGGAGAGAAAGAUCAAUGCCUUGCGUGAAGUUGGAUUUGCCAGUGAACACAUCAAUUCCCAAUGUCACAGAAAUCAAAGAAAACAUGACAUUUGGAUCAACUUUAGUCACCAACCCAAACGGAGGAUUUCUGGCAUGUGGGCCUUUGUAUGCCUAUAGAUGUGGACAUCUGCAUUAUACGACCGGGAUUUGUUCUGAUGUCAGCCCUACAUUUCAAGUUGUGAACUCCUUUGCCCCUGUACAAGAAUGCAGCACUCAGCUCGACAUAGUCAUUGUCCUGGAUGGCUCCAACAGUAUCUACCCCUGGGAAAGUGUCACCGCCUUUUUAAAUGACCUCCUUCAGAGGAUGGAUAUCGGCCCUAAACAGACACAGGUUGGAAUUGUACAGUAUGGAGAAAAUGUAACCCAUGAGUUCAACCUCAAUAAGUAUUCAUCGACAGAAGAGGUCCUUAUUGCAGCAAACAAAAUAAGCCAGAGAGGCGGUGUCCAAACAAUGACAGCCCUUGGAAUAGAUACAGCCAGGAAAGAGGCAUUCACUGAAGCUCGGGGUGCCAGGAGGGGAGUUAAAAAGGUCAUGGUCAUAGUGACUGAUGGAGAAUCACAUGACAACUAUCGACUGAAACAGGUCAUCGAAGACUGCGAGGAUGAAAACAUUCAGCGAUUUUCCAUAGCUAUCCUUGGCCACUACAACCGAGGGAACUUAAGCACUGAAAAAUUUGUGGAGGAAAUAAAAUCGAUCGCCAGCGAGCCCACUGAAAAGCACUUCUUCAAUGUCUCAGAUGAGUUGGCCCUGGUCACUAUCGUUAAAGCUCUAGGAGAAAGGAUAUUUGCCUUGGAAGCUACAGCUGACCAGUCCGCAGCAUCGUUUGAGAUGGAAAUGUCUCAGACCGGUUUCAGUGCUCAUUAUUCACAGGACUGGGUCAUGCUUGGAGCAGUGGGGGCCUAUGACUGGAACGGAACUGUCGUCAUGCAGAAGGCUAACCAGAUUGUCAUCCCUCAGAACACCACCUUUCAACCUGAGCCCGCCAAAAUGAACGAACCUCUUGCUUCUUAUUUAGGUUACACAGUGAACUCUGCCACUGUUCCUGGAGAUGUGCUCUAUGUCGCUGGACAGCCUCGAUACAAUCAUACAGGCCAGGUCGUCAUCUACAAGAUGGAGGAUGGGAACAUCAAAAUUCUCCAGACACUCAGAGGAGAGCAGAUCGGUUCCUACUUUGGUAGCGUCUUGACAACAAUUGACAUUGACAAAGAUUCUUAUACCGACCUGCUUCUCGUCGGGGCCCCCAUGUACAUGGGGACAGAGAAAGAGGAACAGGGCAAAGUCUACGUGUAUGCUGUGAACCAGACAAGGUUUGAAUAUCAAAUGAGCCUGGAACCAAUUAAGCAAACGUGCUGUUCAUCUCUGAAGGAUAAUUCAUGCACAAAAGAAAACAAGAAUGAGCCCUGUGGGGCCCGAUUUGGAACAGCAAUUGCUGCUGUAAAAGACCUCAACGUGGAUGGAUUUAAUGACAUCGUGAUCGGAGCUCCGCUGGAGGAUGACCAUGCGGGAGCUGUCUACAUUUAUCAUGGCAGUGAUAAGACCAUAAGGAAGGAGUAUGCACAACGUAUUCCAUCAGGUGGGGAUGGCAAGACAUUGAAAUUUUUUGGCCAGUCUAUCCAUGGAGAGAUGGAUUUAAAUGGCGAUGGUCUGACUGAUGUGACCAUUGGAGGUCUUGGUGGAGCUGCCCUCUUCUGGGCCAGAGAUGUGGCCGUAGUUAAAGUGACCAUGAAUUUUGAACCCAAUAAAGUGAAUAUUCAAAAGAAAAACUGCCGUGUGGAGGGAAAAGAAACAGUAUGCAUAAAUGCUACAAUAUGUUUUCAUGUGAAAUUAAAGUCUAAAGAAGACUCCGUUUACGAAGCUGAUUUGCAGUAUCGUGUCACCCUCGAUUCACUGAGACAGAUAUCACGGAGUUUUUUCUCUGGAACUCAGGAAAGAAAGGUUCAAAGAAACAUCACAGUUCGAGAAUCAGAAUGCACUAGGCACUCCUUCUACAUGUUGGACAAGCAUGACUUCCAGGACUCCGUGAGAGUGACUUUGGAUUUUAAUCUUACGGAUCCGGAAAAUGGGCCUGUGCUUGAUGACACCCUGCCAAACUCGGUCCACGAACAUAUUCCCUUUGCCAAAGACUGUGGAAACAAGGAAAAAUGCAUAUCCGACCUCACCCUGGAUGUGUCCACCACAGAAAGGAGCCUGCUGAUUGUCAGGUCCCAGAAUGACAAGUUCAAUCUCAGCCUCACAGUGAGAAACAAGAGAGACAGCGCCUACAAUACCAGGACAAUAGUGCAGUAUUCCCCAAAUCUGAUUUUUUCAGGAAUUGAGGGGAUCCAAAAAGAUAGUUGUGAAUCCAAUCGAAAUAUCACAUGUAGAGUUGGCUAUCCUUUCCUGAGGACAGGAGAAAUGGUAACCUUCAAAAUAAUAUUCCAGUUUAAUACAUCACAUCUCACAGAAAAUGCAAUCAUUCAUUUAAGUGCAACAAGUGACAGCGAAGAACCACCCGAAUCUCUUUAUGAUAAUGAAGUAAAUAUUUCCAUCCCAGUAAAAUAUGAAGUUGGACUGCAGUUUCACAGUUCUGCAAGUGAACAUCACAUCUCAGUUGCAGCCAAUGAGACUAUCCCUGAACUUAUCAAUUCUACUGGUGAUAUUGGAAAUGAAAUUAAUGUCUUCUACAUGAUCAGAAAAAGGAGCCAUUUCCCGAUGCCAGAACUUCAGCUGUCAAUCUUGUACCCCAACUUGACCUCAGAUGGUUAUCCUGUACUAUACCUGACUGGAUGGUCGUCUUCUGAUAAUGUGAACUGCAAACCCCGGAGCCUUGAGGAUCCUUUCGGUAUCAAUUCUGGGAAGAAAAUGACAAUAUCCAAGUCUGAGGACCUCAAAAGAGGCACAAUCCAGGAUUGCAGUACCUGUAAACUUGCCACCAUCACGUGCAAUCUCAUGCCUUCCGAUGUGAGUCAAGUGAACGUUUCACUCAUCUUGUGGAAACCAACCUUCAUAAAAACACAUUUUUCCAGCUUCAAUCUCACGAUAAGGGGAGAACUUCAGAGUGAAAACACAACGCUGACUUUAAGUAGCAGCAACCGGAAACGAGAGCUGGCUAUUCAAAUAUCCAAAGACGGGCUCCCAGGCAGAGUACCACUGUGGGUCAUCCUCCUGAGUGCCUUCGCUGGGCUACUGCUCUUGAUGCUGCUGAUUUUAGCUCUGUGGAAGGUUGGAUUCUUCAAAAGGCCACUAAAGACAAAAAUGGAGAAGUGAAAUAUUUUACAGGAGGAAAAAGAACUGUAACAGUUAUUCAAUGAUCUAUCCUCAGGUUUGCCUCAAUCAUGUGAGAAGAAAUUCAGAAAUAUAACCAAAGACAUGGUCACAUAACUCUAUGUAAUCCGUCAUCCAGCUGGGAUUACUCACUUGGAAAGUGACAGAUCAAGUAUGAUCCAAAAAGGGUACCCAAAGAUAUGGUUUAGAAAGUGAUGAGAAAUACUUUUAAUAAUUACUCAUUUUUGUUGAGUAAGUGGAAUGACAAAAUGUUUUAUAGAAGAAUCCCCAAUAUAAGUAUGUUUGUGUGUUUAAAUGCCAUGCAGAGUAUUUAAGGGAUGCACAAAAAGAGCUUUGUGUUCAUUGAGACAGUUACUCUCAGCCCAAUGUAAAUUAAGCUUUUACCCCUUGAUUAUACCUUCAGAGUGACACUCAGCAUCUGUAAAUGCCAACAAAGGAAUGGAGUGGAAAAGAUCUCCUAAUUCUGAUGAGAAAAGCUUUGCCUAGCAGAGUCCAUGUAAAAUAUAGACUGAAAAUAGAGUUAAAUCAUAGAACUAACACUCAUUGACUUCUUGGUUUCUGUAGUUGGAAACAGUGUUUUCCAAUGUGAUUGGAAAAUAGUGUCAUUGAGCUUAAAUUCUAUAUAGAAUAGACAGUCAAGAUAGAGUUGUUAUUUAAAAACAAGGGCACUGCAUCUAUUCAUUUAAACUUCUACAGAAAGUAAAAGUGCUUGAUUUAUAUUGAGCUCUAAAACACAAAACUCUUUUUUAUAAAGGAAAAAAAAACACUUAGAGCAGUUUGUGUAGCAUUCAUGAAAAGUCACAAUGUGUGUGUGUGAUACCCAGAGGGUUUAAUGAAGCAUGAGAGCAUAGAUAGAUAACCCAAAAUAACUAAAAUCAUCCUUGCUGAGCAGUUGUUUAAAGCUAGGGCUUCCAGAUGUUACAUUAAAGUAGGAGACUUCUCGACACUUUGGUAUAGAGUUCAGUUAAAACCCCAAGAUAUGAAAGUUUAUUUUCAAAAUAUUUAAUUUUCUAAAUACAUUUUAUGUUACUAUUGAAAAAGCAGUCUCCUGAAGUAGUUUUAUAUUUUACCAAGAACUCACUGCUUUUGAACAUGGCAUAUCAGUAUUUAAACAGAAACCAAGAAAUGUAGUUUAAAGAAUUUAUAGCUUAAAAACUUAAACCAGCAGAAAGAUACAACUCAUUUGCAUGUACUUCUGUGUUCCUGAAGUUCCUAGGGACCUUGGACUCUGCUGUAAUGUAAGCUCCCAGAUUGCUCCAUUUCUAAGAUAAAUAACAAUGAAUGAAUGUACAGUAUCUUCAUGUGUGAACUACUGCUGUAAAAUUUGCUGAUCCUCCUGCCCCAAAGCCACUUCUCCACCUGAUGGACCACCGUCAAGAACGGAACCUGUCAAUAUCCCAAAAGAGCUGGACUCUGCUCUCCUCAAAACACAGCAAGCCAACAGAGAAAUUAAGUGUUAUGGGUUUGAUUAUUUAAAAUGUAUUUCUGAGGAAUUAUCUUAGGGCUCAGAUUCAGCCUACCUCUUGGCUUUCCAGCCCUACGUGUAAGAUCCUAAGGCCUACGGGAUGGACAUGAGGAUGCCAUAGUCAUCCCUGGCUGGAAGAAAGGUAGACAGGCAACAAGAAGAAAGGUGUGUUCUCCACUCACUGUCUCUCACCGGCUUCGGAAUCAUGCCUUCCUCCUGUUCUUCUUUCCCCGUCAGAACUCAGGUGUUUCUUGCUCAGUUACCAUGGUGCCCAACUCCAGCACUCACACUCAGCAGCCCUACUUCUAACUCCAGGCCUUUGGGAAUGAAAUUCAACCCAUACAUUUAGACUCAUCUUCGACAUCAGGGACUGUCAGGCACUAGACUCUAUACACUGAGCUACAAGUGUGCAUCUUUAAACUGAAAAUGUCUUUUAAACCAAAAGGGCUUGGCAGGAAUAAGGACAUUUUGAACUUUUAAAGAGAGGAAGAGCAGUUAGGCCGGAUAAAAAGGUGCCAAAGCCACUUACCUACCAGUUUGUAACAUAUGUUGUUCCUGGUUAGCAGUAAAUAUUCAAGGAAUCAGACAUCUCAUUUCUCCACUAUGAUAACUGAAUCUGUGUGUGUGUUAUUGUUUGUACACACAUACACAUACCAUUUUAACACAGAACAAUUGUACUUAAUGACAGAGCUUACAAUUAGGGCAAAAUCUAAGCACACAAAAGCAGCAGCACCAGUGAUGAGAGUCUGUUUCCUUUGCUUCUCAGACAGUAUUCACUUUCAUUAAUAUUUAAGUUUAGUCAUUAUUUUGUAAGCUAAAAAAAUACAAAUGCAGAAGCUUUGAUUUAAAAAAAAUGAUCACAGAUGCCCAAAGUUAGCUUUCUAGAAAUAUUCUAGAGCAUAUAAAUAAUUAAGAAAUAUACUAAAUUCUAAACAUUAUUUUAAAACAAUAGGAAAAAUCGGGUGAUACUUAAGACUAUUUAUGAACUUAUGAAUUAAAACAAAUCAAGUAUCUUGUAGCUUUGAUUUUUUUAAAGCACUAUUUCUUCCAUUUUCCACUGUGAACUGAACUAUGUAUGCAUUCUCUGUCCUGAGUUACACACACAAUGGAACACAAAUAAUACCCCAAUAUCUGACUUUUGUGGCUUGAUUGUUCUCUCCAUAGCCACUUCCAGAUACCUAACAUAACCCUGUUCAGUUUGCAGAAUUCGUACAAAUGUGUGUCAGAGCUUACCAACUAGUAUGAGAUACUGCAGCAUAUCACUGAAAUAAACUAUGUAGUUUAAUUCUACGUAGUAGAAAAACUGAUGUAUAGAGAUGCAGAUCAGUGUUCACAAUCUACACACACAUACACCUAAGCACUCACUCUAAUCAAGCUUCCAGUUAUGCUGAAAAUACUGGUUGUAUCAAUUCCAGAAGUUAGAAUGCUGCAGAUCAUUCAUCCUUUAGUUUUGAAUUUCUAAGACUAAUCAUUCUUUAAUAUGAAUAAAGCAAUGAACUUGCAAGGAAGAAGGAUUUGAAAGCAAGAAAAUACAAAACAUGGCCUGCACUCCACUAAGAACCAGAGCCACUCGGGAGUCACAAAGAAACUGUCCUGCUUUCUCAAGAAGCUCACAGGCCUGAGGGGACAUGAGGAAAGGUCUUCUUUGGCAAAAAUUGGGAUCUGUUUUAAACAUCAGUGGUGUGGUUUGUUAAACUAUUUUUCUGUGAGUACUAGGAUCAUUGGCGACUUUGACCCCAAAUAUUUUCUGUGUCAUAUGUAUACUUGAAUAAAAGCUUAUAGGAAGAGAGAUUUGUAUAAAAUUUGAUGCUUAGGCAGCCAGAAUAAUUUUUAUCUAUAUAGAUAUAGCUAUAAUGUGAAUAUAUUUUUCAUAGAAGAUCAUCUACUUUUCCUUUUAUAAACCAAAAUCUAAGCUCAAUUGGAAAGCAGAAAUAUUUGUAUAAGAAAUUUGUGAUAGAGUGGCACUGUAUUACAGUGGUGGCUAUGGAAAGCUCUGGUUUUACUCUUAGUAAGGCCACAGCUAACACAUUGAAUGGCAGCCAUUGGCUACCACGGAAUGUGCUUUCCAUAGCAACUUCUUCAUUGAACACACCAUCAAUUUUUUUUUUUAUUAACUCCUAUCCUGCUCUGCACGAUGCUGAGCAAACUAGAGAAGACCCAGGCCCAGAAUCUGCCUCAUGUGCCAGGUGUACUUUAUCAUCCAAAUAAAAUGCUUUCUGGUGAAUAAGUUGUUCAAAAUCACAUUUUAUGCACUCUUCAUUGGUUCUUAAAACCACCCAAGCAUCCUUCUCCCCAUCACUCUUCUCCUCAAAUGUUUUUCAGAAAGACUGCCUUAGUAGCCUAUUAAUAAGAUGUGUACUCCUGUUACUGUGAAUGCCAACUUCAGUGAACGGACCAUUCAUUCAAGUUUUCCAACCCAGCGUUUUUAAUGACACUCCAAAGGGUUGGCAUGGCAUCAUACAGUAUAAUGUACUUCAGAGAUGCAACAUCCUUCCUUGAGAGGUGGACAACCAUAUGGGCCACUGUUCUCCAUGGCUCUAUGGGAAAAAAAAACCGGAGGGAUUUAAGCCUUCAGCAACUGUCCCUGCGUAUUUUUACAAUCCCCAGCCUCACCCAAGGGACAGUUCUAAAAAACUGAAAGAAGGACUUUGUCCUCAGGCUGGUGCUGUUUCAAAAUUGCAAUUUGCAAAUUAAUUGCACCAAAGAGAUGUUUAAUGCAGCUACAACUUCAAAAGGAAUAGCCUGGGCUCUUGCUUCUAACUGGACAGUGGCCCCCAAGCUCUAGCUACCUAAAAUCCAGAAUCCCCCACUGCCCAUUAAGUCUGUUUUGAAAGGUAAGCCAAAGCACAUUGGAAAAGGUCACAUGCAAGGCUGGGUGCAGCCCAGUGGUGGAGUGCUCAGAGGGCUCAUGCAAGGCCCUGGGUUUGAACUCUAGCACCACAUAAGGGCAAUGGGUACUAUCAUGCCGCCAUUUCUCAAAUGGAAGUACUGUUGUACACUACUAAAAAAAAUACAUAAAAUAUUUUAAAAUAACUAAAAAAAGCAACGGCAUUAAACCACAGCAUUGUGAUCCUGUGAACUAAUCGGUGCCUUUCAUCCUCCUAUUAAAAGGUUACCUCAAAUUCAGAAAUUCAGAGUAAGAGUUUUAGCUAUCAGCCAUGAGGAGAAUACAGAGCAGCAUGUGGAGGCAGCAAGUCCCAGCCCAAGGGUCCCUAAAACAUCUGGCCCAGGGGGAUGUACAGCUCUGACCUAUGGAAAUAAAUAAAUGACAAAGGGCCUGAGCCCUCACUGUUCCCACAGCCAAGGCUCUGCUCUCCAUUUCAGAAACACUUCUCGGUGAACUGUUACUACACCGCAGAUGCGCAAGGCUGAGUCUCACUUAUCACUGUUGGUUCUAAGAGCAGCUCUUUGUUUACGUUGUUGACUGCAUACUGCAAAACUUUCCUCUAGCAUAUGAUAAGUCGAAGAUUUGCUCCAAGACUUCCUUGCUUUUCCUCCUGACACAGCCUGUAGGAUUGGAGUUACAGAAGAUAGACAUCAGGAGCUAGAGUCUGCUUGCAGCCCUCUUCAGCAUGCCAAUUAGGUUUCUCUUUCUCAGCCUGCAGAUGCUUUUGGUGUGGGGCUUCCUCAGCAAGGUUGUCCCAUGCCAUAUGCCCCUUGUGGGGACUAGGCUAGUGUCAUGUUAUAGUUUGUGAACAAAGACUCAGAGACCCCUUAUUUAUCACAUCAUGGGAAUCAUGGCUAUAAAGCAGGGGCAAUGACAUUGAGUGCUGUGGUGAUGUUUGGCAUUUGUGUGUUUCGAGGUACAUACUUAGAGAAAGGAGUGUGGAGUUUAGAGGCUCUUAUGCAAGAGUUUGGGGCUGAAUAUCUGAUCUCUCAUUCGUUUGAUUUAUGCUUAUGAACUGAGGACAAAAAUCUUAAAAGAAAUCUUCCAAAUGCCAUCAGAAAUGGAAACCCACUCUGUUCAUGAUCAAUCCCUAUUAGUAUUGUUUGUCCCCACACCUGUAUUUUAGGAGCUGGAGAGAGAUGGAGAGAGAAAAGGGAAGUGAAUGUUGUUUGUGUUUUCUUCCAUAGAGUAGCCAUAGUGAAGGAAGUCACCACAUGUAGAUCUGAUGUGACGUGACAACUUACACUUUGAUAAAUACAAAAGAAAUGUGGGCAGAUGAGGCCAUGAAACUACCUGUCUUUGAUUUCUACCACCCAAUCCAUAAACAUGGCCAAAGUUUCCUAAGACUCCAUGUGUCCCAACCCACAGCACAGCACUCACAAACAUACUUGUCACUAUAAGAGCGAAAGUAUACUCUUACUUACAGAUUAACCCCGGGCUAAGUUUCUGGGGUUAACACAUCUCAGCGUCAUGUGAAGACCAUUGUCUGAAAUGACAGUAUGCAGGUUCUUCCUUCUGGAGUCAUUCCAUGCAGGUGAUCCUAGUGGUUAGCAUUUGGAUCUGUGCUACCUGCUGCCCUCACCUGGGGAAGCAGCAGGUCCCGGCUGCAGGAUUAGGAAACACUGGCCUGUAGGGAUGAUAUGCUGUGUGUUACUACUGUGAAGCUGUAAGAUUGUUAAUAGGCCAUGUGCACUAUAAUAUCUAUCUUAUUAAAAAGAAGAAUAUUGCAUUUAAUAACUACUGCCCUGGAGCAUCCAUCAUACUCCCUGCACAUGUUUCUCCAUUGCCUAGUUUAAAGCAUUAGAUUGCUCAUUUUCCUAACUUACCUCAAACUGAACUCAUCAAAGGGACAAUUUAAAGUUAUUUGCAUAGAAUUAUUAAAAAAUGAUUAGGUGAAAAUGCUUUGUUGACAUUCAAGAACAAAGAACCUUUUGCAUAGAAAUUUGUGGAAUUUGCUGCGAGGUGACAGUCAUUGGAGAGGUAUAAUUAGAAUUAGCUGAGUGUGUGAAGGAGCAUUUUGAAUGCUCUGUGUGUGGCGCAUCCUGUACACUGUUCUGAGGUCAAAGGUUUGAUAUUUUUGUAUAAUUCUAUCUUAUCUUGCACAUCAGCUGUGUAAUUUACGUCAAGGUAAAUGAGCAUCCUGUUUUAUGUCUUAAAUAAAAAAUGACUCAAGGAA